UAAACAUUGGAACGCGCUACAGUUAUACCGGGCAGCGCGUCGGGUCCAGAUCGAUUUACGAUCGCAGAUGCGAGAAACUUUCCAGAUUCCAUUGCGCAGUCACACGCUGAGCGAAACACAUUGCCGAAACGUGAGAGGCAGCAGCAGCAGCAGCAGCAGCAAAAAAGGCCAUAAGCGCAGAUGGGGGACGGACGACAACAAUACGCGCGCGAGUGCAGUAGGCGUGAUCUGCUGGAGAGGAGAGCAUUCACACACACAUAUAUAGCAUAUCUAUACAGUUUAGUCCGGAAAGUGCGCGUGCGCGCGUCCCUAUUCCAUAAGCUAUAAGGGCCCUGUACAAGGAGAGAGAGAGAGAGAGAGAGGGCAAAGAACUAAAGAAGUCACAGUGUGCGAUGGUGACGAGCUCUGAGCGUACGCGAGUGGGAGUCCCGCGGAGAGAGAAAGAGCAGCAGCCUCGAGUGUAGUGUAGUGCAGCAGCAGCAGCAGCAGUGAAGCUGUAUAGAGAAGAGUCUAGCGUCUCGAUUUUUCGUCUGUCUGUCUGCAGUGGUGUCCAGUCGCGCGCAGUUGAAGAGUGCGCGAGAGAGAGAGAAAGAGCGAGUGUAUUCGUAAAGUGUCUUCUCAAUGGCGCGCAGUUGUUGUCCUCCGCGCAUCAGCAUCAUCACAAAGACGAUCUGCGGAGUUGUAGCCAAGCGACGGCAGCAUCAGCCUAUAUUAUGCUUCGCCGCGAUCUAGCGUCGUUCCUCUGAAUGCUAAUAUCAGGAGUGUGUGCUCGCUGUUGAAAAUCUGGAUCAACGCUAUAUAAUCGCAUAACGCAGGCAUAUAGAUAUAUAGGCACGUUUGUGCGUUUAAUACAGCAGCGCGCACGACUCGCCAGAGUGCGCCUGUAUGUCUGCCUGAAAUAGGAAGUGCGAGUAGAGCGCGAGGGGCGUACGGAAGGAAGCGCGUAUAUAACGCUCGCGAGUUUUAUUUAUUGUGUCUCGUGCAGCGGACGGCUGCUCUCUCUCUCUCUCUCUACUAUACUAUAACCAUCGACUCUCUUUCUGUAUACGCGUCGCAGCCGCGAGUAAACAUGGACGCGACUGUCGAGAGGGAGUGCAGCGCGCUGGGCUGUCUCUUCCAGCAGAUAAUUCAGGACAUGAAGAACGGAGCUCCGCUGUGGGAGGACCUCAUCUCCAAGGCGACCAAGCUGCACACUUGUUUAAAGGCCGCGAUCCUGGCGAUUUCGGCGUAUCUCGAGGCUUUUCAGAAGAUCGCGGACGCUGCGACGAACGCGAGAGGAGCUACCAGAGAGAUUGGAACUGCCCUCACAAGGAUCUGUCUGAGGCACAAGGCUGUCGAGACGAGAGUCAAAUCGUUUACAAGUGCUAUCAUGGAUUGCUUGGUGUUGCCUCUGCAAGAGAAACUGGAAGACUGGAAAAAGUCUUUGGUCUACCUUGACAAGGAGCAUGCUAAAGAAUAUAAAAAAGCUAGGACGGAAUUGAAGAAAAAAUCCAGUGAUACACUGAGACUGCAAAAAAAGAAAGCUCGCAAGGGCUUGCAGACACAACAGAUUUAUGGCACAUUGCCACAUGGUGCCAGCCAAGGUAAUGCCUCCAAUCUUGCCUCCACUGAUGUUGAAUUAGGCAGAUUGCUUGAAUCGUCGGCCGCCGUUGUUCAGGAGAAACGUCAAACAUUAGAGGAGACGGAGAGAAAGGCAGUGAGAGCUGCCCUGUUAGAAGAAAGGGGCAGGUUUUGUCAAUUUGCCAGGUUUUUAAAACCUGUGCUCGACGAAGAAAUCGCAAUGUUGAUGGAAUUGACGCAUCUCGAAGAAGUCGCCAAUCAGCUGCAGAAGCACGCCGCAUCUCCGCAACAACUGCCGGCAGCUUCGGAACAGGUGAUAACGGACAUCAAAGGUCGCGAUGCGGCUCAGUGGUCCUUGGCGACGCCGCCGUCAAGCCCAUCGCUGUCGCUUGGAUCUCGAAAAAGUUCCGUGUGCUCGAUCAGUUCAUUGACCAGCAGUAGCAGCGGCUCGUGCAAAAGUCAUCCAAGCCCUCCGGCCGGUCAUCCCUCGUCAGCCUGGCACAGAUCCGUAUCGCAGCAGCCUUUCAACGGUAUGGUGACUCUACGUUACCGUCAUUCCAUCAACAGCGGCUCUCGCGAUUCUGGCUUCACUUCUCUACAGGAAACCCUUUAUUCACAACCCGUGUACAGAAAGCAGGUAUCGUGUACCUUACCUCAUUCCGAGCGCAACUCCAGACAAUCCGCUACGUCGACAUGGCCCGAUCUUCAACGAGAAACUGCCAGUGCUCAGUUCGAUUCACAAGAUCCAAAUGCCACCAACGAAAGACCUCACACUAUUUCUUCAGCGUACGAAAAGGGUCAUCAGAGGCCGGCUCUUAGCGUGUACACGUUUCAAGCACCAGAUCAAAGUAGUUCUUGCCACAGUCAACCUGCUUCCCCAGUUUCGACGUCCGCUGCGAACAUUCAACAGAAUGCCGCGAGAUUGCAGCAAAGAAAAAAUAGCAGCGGCAGCAUCGGCCGCGAAAGACCGCCUAUCCCAAACAGGUGCUCUAGUUUGGAAAGGCCUUCUGUUCCGGCAAGAAUCGAUUCGGCAGAUACUUCCAAUCAGCGCCACGGUCCAGAUAGCCCUAAAAUUAAACUGCCUAUACCAGCUCACUUAGCGAAAGAAUUAGUAACGCGACAGCCACUACUGUUUCAACAACCCAUGUACGUGAACAUGCAUGAAUUAGCAAGUUUAGCAGCGAGUCGAGCUCAAGAGAUGUUGCCACCACCCCCUCCUCCUCCAACAGCAUCCGGCGAAACAAUAACAACGACCGAAAGUAUUAGAGAGACUAAGACUUCGGAAACAACGAAGACUGAAACUGGAGCGACUGAAUCAAACAUAGAAUGUGUACAAACUGAACGCGUAACAGUAAGCACCAUACAACGCAGAGGUUCGCUGCAGCAGGCAAGCCGACCCGCACCACCUACCCGCCGAGUUUCUGCCGUCGUCGCCGAAAAUUAUGACGAGCGCGGUAGCAAUCACGGUGAUGAUUUGGAAAAUUUACCGCCUCCACCAGCUUUCUUACUUGAAGGCUCCUCCCCACCUAGCGCUGCAGGCAGCCCAGCUUCUCAACGACGAUCUAUCUCCGUAUCGGAAACAGUAAGAACAUUAACUGAGCUGCGGCAUACGCCAGCCAGUCCGUCUUUUCUACGACGUAAAAUAGCAGCUCAAGCGCAAGUACAGCAUCAAAGCCAGCUCACGAAUAGUGGUACUAGCGGUACCUCGGCCGUCGUGCAAAUUGCUUGUUGCGCAAUGGAACGCGCAAGCACGGCCAUCAGUGGGAGCGGUAGUCAUAAUCGUCACGCAAGUCCAGAUACACGAGGUCAUUCCAAAGUAGCGACAUCAAAUGAAACUCACAGCACCAGUAAUGCGACUAUCAGUAGCCAGGGCCCAGGAGGAGUCGCCCAGAGUUUCAUGGCAGUGCUUAGUGCCAAGUUAACGAGCAGCGUGUCACUGGGCUCAUCAAGUCAUAGCGGAAACGAGGCAUCGGCGGGCAAUAGUCCCAAACCCACGAGAAAACAAUCCGUGGACUUGCAGCAGCAACAGCAGCAACAGCAACAACAACAGCAGCAGCAGCAGCAGAAUCGAAAUUCUAAAACGUCGAAUGAGUUUCUGGAAACGUUAAACGCCAGGUUAGCUCAACAACAGCGGACUGCUGGUCAGGGAAAUACCAGCAUGAGAUCUGCUAGUGUCAGACGUAUCAUGGCCAACCGUGUUCCAAUCAUCGAUCCACUGCAAGUGAGGGAUAUGAGGGUCUCACUUAUGGAUCAAAUCCGAAGGGGUACUUCUUUACGCAAGACUACUGGACCUAUAAACGAUAGAUCGGCGCCCAAGAUUUACUAAAGGUCGUUUCCCCUUUAAUCUUAUAUAUGUAGUGAACAUUUCUAUUCGACAAAUCUGCCAAGUCUAACAAGUAGAUAAAAAUGAUAACACCUUGGUUAGUUAUUCUGCACUUUUUAAAUUGCAUUAUUAUUUAUUUGAUUGCGCUGCCUGAGUAAAAAAUCGUUCAUCUUGUAUAAAUAUUACAUAAAUUAGCACACACGAUUUUAGUUUUAAAUAGAAUUAUAUGACUUAUAAGAUUUGAUCAAAGGUGUUAUCAAUUUUGUGUACAAUAUUUGGAGACUGUACGUGUGGUCAAUAGUGCAGAAACAAAAAGAAUUAGAUGAUUUUAAAAUCCUAUAAACGUCCAUAUCUGUAUGCGGCGAAAACGCGCGCGUUCACUUGACUUGCAGUAAAGAACGACGCGAAUGUUCCUCGUCCGCAAACCUGUCCGUGACAGGAUGUACACGUACCUUCGUUUUCUACUUGAUUAUUAACGUUCGCUUUUCAUUUUCAUAUUUUUAUCACUUUAUCGUAGUCUUUUUCCUUCUUUUUUAUCAAUUAUAUUCGAAACAAGAGACUGAGCGCGUACGAACCGACGAUUCUGCCAAGAGAGAAAGCUUAUUUCUUUUUUCCGAAUCGAGGGCUCGAAUGCUUAAGCGUCCUAGUAUUAAUCGUGCGAUGUUAUUUACGUUUUUCUUUUGCGUAUCCCUGGUAAAGAUUGUUCCUCGGGUGCGGCAAAACUGGCAAACAUUAAAUAAAGUGCAACGUGAGGAACGUAAAAAAUUGAAGCCAGGGGCACCUCGUGCGACUGACGAGUUCGCACGUGGGCGCGUGAUAUUAACCAAAUAAUUUUGUAGCUCAUAGAUUAUUAGCGUAUCAAGAGGCUUAAGGCAAAAAUAAAUGGGAACAGGGACACAUUUUACACACGCAUAGACUCGUGUAAUAUUUUGCAAAGUACGCGAACGCAUAACCCCUAUUUUUGUAUUAUUUCAAUAAGCUACUGAAUAAAUAUCUGCCAAGUCCUUUUCCCUUAUAGAAAUCCAGAUUUCUUAUCAUAUCUUCAAACCGUAUAUAUAAAUAUAUCUAUAGUCGUUUUUUGAAUUGUUUUGACGAAAUCUGUAAGAUAUUUAUGACUAGCAAAAAAUCUGAACGAAGCUUUGAAAGGAUAAAAGUUGUUUUUAACAAUUUAAAAGUGUAUUUUCACUUGAAUUUACUGUCCUAUACUUUUUUACGCGACACAGUUAUGAAAUAGAUUUUGUAAUUUAGACAGUAACAGUUUUCAUUUAACAUGAAUGUAGUAUUUUGUUUCUUAAUAUACAUUAUACAAAAAAUUUAGAAUUUUUGCUAUUAAAAUUAGACGCGCUAUUAUUGUAGCUGCUGCUAUUUUGUACUUUUUCAUUGCGUUCCUUUUGAUAAUGGGACGUUCCAGUUUCUUCCUGUCGCCAUUAUUUCUCAUAAGUUCGUAAAUACACGUUCGUAUUAAAUGAGCAGGUUUAACAAAGUGCAAAAGAGAUUAUAAAAGAGGCCGGACGACGUCUCGCGUGUCGGCGAUUUGAAACUUAUAACUGCCAAUAAACUAUAAACAUAAAGUUUUAACGAUAAUAAGAGGAGAUAAUUUAAACGUAUUGAUUAUUGAAUUAAUAAUAUCGACUGCUAAUUGCUGCUAUUAAAUAAAAAGUUGACGAGUAAAUCGUUCCGGAAGGAAUCGCCGAUGCGCCAGAUGGCGACGUGUCGCCGCGACGCUUGACGCGUGAAUCUGCUGUAAGAAAAUAAACUAUAUUUAAUGUAGCUACUGUCUAAAGGAUGUUGUUAAUUUGUAAUAAUAAUUACUUGUAUAUCGCAGUGUCGGCGAAGAACGCAAGGUUAUGAGCAAUGAGCAGAAAUAAAAAAUAUCUGAGUAAA